GAAGAAGAAGAAGAAGUAGAAGAAGGAGAAGAAGAAGAAGGGGAGAAGAAGAAGAAGGCAGGAGUGACUUUAAAGAAGAAGAAGACUCUAUAUCUCCUAGUGUGUCUGAGGAAGAAGAUUUUUGUGAAGAAGGAACUGGUAAUGAAUUCUCAAGAAGUCAUGUAAUAGAAAGCAAACUGCGAGAGACUAGCACAGGUAGCAUUGUGGACAAUAAUGAAGAUGCUGAAUCAGAGGAUGAUGUAGAGGAAUCUGACACAGAUCAAGAGCAAAACUUGGGUGUCGAUGCCCAAACUAUUGCCAAGGCAUCAUUGUCUACAAGUUCUUUUCAUGAACACUUGAGCUACAAGUUAUCAGAAGAAGAGGUUGAUAACCUAUCAAACAAAAAAUGGGAAUACAAAUGGGAUGUGCCUGCAUGUGACAUGCCAAAUUGCAAGUGGGAAGGGACAGGGAAGUGUUUUCUAAAGGAUGAUAAUACCACACCUAGUUAUGGUCUCAAGCAAAGAUUGUAUAAGCACUGGCUGGAUGCUUACAAGACAUCUGGAGGCAAUGAUUUUCAUUCAUCAAAGCAGAGAUUUUUCUUUUCUCUUUGUAACAGUUACAGGGAUAUACUGCAUUCCAAUAAGAAACCAUUUUAUCUCAAAGGCCAUCAAGAAGACUCAAGUAUCUUGGAUGCUUAUAUUAUGCAUUCUUUGAAUCACAUAUUCAGGACUAGAGAUCUUAUAAAAAAGAAUGAUUCGAAAGUGGCCAAACAUCAAGAGGGUGCUGAUGAUAAAUUACUGACUGUUGAUGGUCUCCGUGAUCGUGGGUUUACUCGUCCAAAGGUUUUGAUCCUUUUGCCAUUCAGGAGUAUAGCACAUCGGGUUGUUAGGAGGCUAAUACAACUAACACCUCAAAGUUACAAGGUCAUUGUGGAGCAUGCUGAUCGUUUCCAUAAUGAGUUUGGACCACAAGAUGAUGACAAUGUGGAUCAUGAUGAGUCCAUGCAAAAUGGUGGAAAUUCAAAACCUAUGAAGUCUUCAAAACCGGCUGACCAUCAAGCUCUUUAUGGUGGAAAUUCUGAUGAUGACUUCAUGAUUGGCAUCAAGUUUACAAGGGGGAGCAUAAAGCUAUACAGUGAUUUCUACUCCUCCGACAUGAUUGUUGCCUCUCCUCUCAACUUGAAUGCGAGAAUUGAAAGUGCUAUUGACAAGAACACAGACUUUGAUUAUCUUUCUUCUAUAGAGGUUCUUGUAAUUGAUCAUGCAGAUGUAAUAUCAAUGCAGAAUUGGAACUUUCUCUCUAACAUUCUUCAAGAAUUGAACCAAAUACCUUCUAAGCAACAUGGGACUGAUAUCAUGCGCAUACGAAACUGGUAUCUGGAUGGAAAUGCAAGAUUUUAUCGUCAAACAAUUAUUUUGGGUCAUUAUGUAAACCCAGACAUUAAUGCUUCAUUCAAUCACCAAUGUCUUAACUACCAAGGGAAGGUAAAGUUGGUGUCCGAGUAUAAAGGUGUUCUUUUAAAAGUCUUGGUCCAAGCACGACAGGUUUAUGAGCGAUAUGAUGCAAAGUCAAUGCCGGAUGCAGAUGAUGCUCGUCUUGAAUAUUUCAUUAAGAAGGUGUUUCCAAAGAUUAAAGAUUCUACCCAGGGAGGAAUCAUGCUAUUUAUCAGUUCUUACUUUGAAUAUGUUAGACUCCGCAACUAUUUGAAGUCACAGAAUGCAUCUUUUUGUGCAAUUGCAGACUACACUAAACCGGAGGAUAUAUCUCGUGCACGAGUUUGGUUUUUUGAAGGAAAGAAGAAGAUUUUGCUUUAUACUGAGAGAAGGCAUUUCAGCUCCAGAUAUAAGAUUCGCGGCAUUCAAAGUUUGAUAAUCUAUUCUCUUCCCGAGAGAAAGGAGUUCUACCCUGAGGUGGUUAACAUGCUUGAAGGGGCCCAAAACAUGACAUGCACUGUGCUUUUUUCUCAAUUCGAUCUGCUUCGGAGCAAACACCUAUGUUCGAUAGGAGAAUACAUUUACGCAAGCAAUAAUCAUUGGUAUUAAAUCUUAAAACCUUUACAAUACCAAUCCUCAUAAAACCUCAAGAAUACCAUACCUUUCAUAAGCACUUGUAUUAUCACAAGCUUAAAUGUUAAAGCUUCUACAAAUAACUUCCAGUUUUUGAGUUAACCUCAUUCCUUUUCAUUCAGGAUAGUAAAAACUAAAAUUAAUGUCUCUAGCUUGGAUCAAUUUUCCCUAAAUUAAAAGAUUUACCUAAUCCACCCAGCGUAGGCAACUUUUCUCAGUAUAUUUUGCUACCAAUUGUAUACUGCUAUAUUUUCGUGCGUCAUUCAUUCCAUAUUUCAGGUCAAACAGAUAUGGAUCAGUAUUUCACAUGUGUGUGAUACAACGAUUUUGCUUAGAAUCAUAAUUAGUAAAAAGCUCAAUAUUGCGAGCCUUUAGAUAUAUGAUUGUUCUAGAUGUGAUAGAUCCAGCAGUUGUUUUGCAAAAAUGUGAGUUACAGAAAUUACCGAGCUGUGUAGAAAAAAGUUUUAACUUUUGCUGGUAUAACUUUAUUCUAAUUGAUGUGUGUGCACCUGCAUGUGUACCAGUGACUAAUUAUGAUGGAGAAUAAACCAGAGCUUAUGUUCUUCAGUAAGAAAUUAAGAAACAUGCCAUUAGAGACUGUUCAAUAAAAUCUUGAAAAAAUUUGUAUUCAUUACCACUUCAAGCAUUUAGGAACAGAGGUAGUAUUAGAGAACCAUGAAACCUGACAUUUAAAGAUUUUCUUGUUGAAACAAGUUCCACAUUUUGUAGAAUUGCUUUACGAGUCUAUAUUUUCAAAACUAGUGCUUGUAAAUAAAAAUGCGCUUAAAAUUUUUUUCCUUCUUGUUUCUAUCGAAUUGGUUGUCUGAAUCAAAUUCUACUGGAAUAAAUAAAAUUUGCCAAUGGAACUCCAAACUUAGAAAGGAUAUAAGCCACUAAAGUUAAAGGUUCUAGAUACAAGCUAAUAAAGAUAUAUAUUUAAAAUGAAUUCAAUGAUAGAUUUACAUACGUUAACUUAUUUGCAAAUGAAUUUUUUUAAUGAAAUUCAUGUGAAAGAAAAUAUAUUCCACAGAUUUAUUUCAAACGCUAUCUGAGUGUUUGACUCUCUCUGCCUGCCAUUUCCUCAAGUUCUUAGACUGUGACAUCGGUGAACUCGUCAUUUAUUCAUUUUUGCUUCUCUCUCUGAUUCAUUGCAUUUAAUAUAUUUGUUUAUUAUGCU